AGUGGUGACGUAAUUCGUUCUGCGCUGCGGAUCGUCAGUAGGAUAGGGGAAACGAGUUUGUGCGGUGAAUCAAAUUAUAAACAAACAAUUUAUUUGUUUUAAAAUGUCACAAAAGCUAUUUUAAAUAAUACUAGAAUAUUGCAAUACUUUAUUUUAAACUACUAAGAGUAGUUUAACAAGGGCUAACGUUUAUGCAAGCCAAGGCGAAGAGUUUUACUUUUCGAUUCAGUUCAUCUAUAAAUACUGUGAAGAAGUCAAACAAGCAGCUGCUGUCACAACACAUUCAACUACUCUACUAUUCUGAUCCACUGUUGUAAUGAUGGAGUGUGUUAAAGAGGAGACUGAUCCUGAAUCAUUCACAAUAACACCUCAACAUACUCAACAACAAACAGACUUGGUGGAAGUAAAAAAGGAAGAUCAAGAUCACAACGAAAUGAAGGAUGAAGAUCAGGACCACAAUUAUAUGACUGACAGCUUCUCAGAAACUGAUGAGAAAUCCCCUCAAGAAAGGGAUGAAGCCAAAAAUGUUUUUGCAUGCCAUCUUUGUGACUUGGAAGUGAAAGAGGAAGAUCAAGAACACAAGGAAAUGAAGGAUGAACAUCAGGACCACAAUUAUAUGGCUGUCAGCUGCUCAGAAACUGAUCAGAAAUCCCCUCAAGAAAGAGUUGAAGCCAAAGAUGUUUUUGCAUGCCAUCUGUGUGAUAAGACUUACUCACUAAAAGUGAACCUAACACGUCACCUAAAGCUUCACGAUGAAAGGCCCCAUGCAUGCUCCCAGUGUGAGAAGACUUUCCUCCAUAAAAGUCAACUUCGGUAUCACGUGAUGAGUCACACAGACUUGAUGGGAGUGAAAGAGGAAGAUCAGGAACACAAUGAAAUUAAGGAUGAACAUCAGGACGACAAUUUUUUGACUGACAGCUGCUCAGAAACUGAGGAGAAUUCAUCUCAAGAAAGUACUAAAGCCAAAAAUGUUUUUGCAUGCCAUCUUUGUGCUAAGACUUUCUCAAGAAAAGGGUACCUAAGGUAUCACCUAAAGAUUCACAGUGGUGACAGGCCUCACGCAUGCUCCCAUUGUGAGAAGACUUUCAUCCAAAAUAGCCACCUCAUGUUUCACAUAAAAGCAGCGCGCCCUGGGCAGUAGCGACUCCACUCCCAGUUGGUCCAGUUGAUUUGGAGAUGUUUCGGCGAAGCACAGGUAGGUCUGUUUGCCUUCCCAGUGACGACCCACUGCCACCUGUUUUCUCUCUAACCAAGGGAACACUCGGUUCAGAGAGGAGCGUGACCUACUAGUGGCUCCAUACUUGCCCACCAGGACGUGGUUUCCGGAACUCCUGCUCCUCACAACAGCCCUCCCAGGCAGAUUCCCAGAGGAAGGACCUUCUUUCUCAUGGAGGGGCACAAAGUGGACCCCAUGUCCAGACCUGUGGAAUCUCUAUGUGUGGUCUUUGGACAGGACGUGGAAGUUCUAAGUGGCUAACCCCAGGAGGUAGCCAACACCAUCGCUUUAGCCCGAUCACCAUCCACAAGACACGCUUAUGCGCUGAAAUGGAACCUUUUUGUUAACUGGUGUUCCUCUCUUUAAAAGGAGCACCGGAGAUGCCCGAUCAACAUCGUGCUUUCUUUCCUUCAGCAGCGGCUGGAGAGGAGGCUGCACCCCUCCACCAUCAAAGUAUACUUUCAAACUUGUCAGUUACUGUUAAAAAGUGGUGGGGACAAAAGAUCAGAUGAAAAAACAUUACAGCAGGAUGGGAAAAAUAUUGAAUAACUGCGCAUCAAAAAUGGCACAAAACAACACAAAAAUACUCAGCAUAAAUCCCUCAACAAUGUCGACAGCACGUGUAACAGUCCCUGCAACACUAGCUCAACCGAACAGUGCCAAAGCACCAUACUGUAGAAAACAGCAGCGCGUUAAGUCAAUGAUUACAAUGAAAUUCAUUACCUAUAUAUAAAAAAACACAUCAUAAGCAUACAACGCAACAUAUGUCACCCUGGACCACAAAACCAGUCGUAAGUCGCACAGGUAUCGCUUGAUUUUUCAGAACAUUUUAACCAAAUGCUUUCAAAAAGUGGUUGGGACAGAAUAAGCCAUUUCAAAAAGUGCUGUCCCCAGCGUCCCCAGUGACACAUAUGGUGAUGGUUAUUACAGCUCUUUCAUUAAAACAUUUAAUAAUUUCACAGCAGAUUUAAAGUGCAUGAUUACUGCAAGUACCUACAAUUACUGAUCAUUUUGAGAAAACUUUGAUGUGACUUAAAGCAUUUUCACUUGACAUUAAAUAGCAGAGAAUAAAGCAAUCGACCUUUAAAGGGACUUUUAUUGUGAUUUUUAAGGGACUUUUAUUAUGCUUCCUGGAGCAUUACGUGUGGUGACGUCAUAAGGAGUGCGCUGCCGCUCGUUUGUCGCGUGAGGAAAGAUAAAGGUGUCUGUUUGAGGUAAAUAAAACCAUAUAAAAUCCCCCACUACUUAUUGUAUUCAAAAAUGACUUUAAAUGUUUUUCCAAAGCCCUUAAUAAGAUGAAAGGUAAGAGUGCUAUGAAGCUGCUUGACUUAUUGACAUCAUUUAACUUAUUGUGAUAUUGCCCCUAAUAUUUAUCUUCAUGUAAAUUAUAAUUUCAGAUUUCUAUUUAUUUUUUUCUAAUUUUUCUUGUGUUGAGCCUGUAAUACUUAACUACACUGUGAAUGUAUAUUUACCUUUGUUGUUUACUUUUGUACUCAAUAAAAAAAACAUAUAAAAUAUGAUUCAAUUUUUUAACAAAUGUACCCUGACAUCAUAAAUGUUACUGAAGCAACUUUAGUCUUUAGAUAUAUUAAAAUAUUGUAAUACUUUAAUUUAAAAGUACUAGAGUAGAUCUCUUUUACAACAACAAUGAGUUACAUUUGGUCUCUGAAACAUGAACACACGAUGAAGAACAAAUGUUUACUUUCUUUUUUAAACCAUUAAGGUAUAUAUGUUUUUUAGA